AGUUGCCAAAUGGCGCCGGUUCUUUUUUUGAAAUAUUUUUAAUUUCAUAACUUGUAAUAACAGUAUUCUUUUAGACCUUCUAUACUUUAUAGAAUUUAUAAACCAUGGAACCAAAAAAUGAACUUCAGCGUAAUGCGAUUGUGGAAGCACGUCGUAAAGAAUUGGAGAUGUAUCAAAGGGCACUGGACAUACAAUGGCUCAACAGUCGUAUGGAGGACGGCAGGAUGGGCCGUUGUAUCGCGCUCGUUAAAAAAGAAGCGGAAAUGGAAAAAGAUUUCCAAGAAAGAACAGAUCAUGCAGCAAUUGUUAAUGCUAGGGCUGAAAAGGAAAUUGCGCUAGGCAUAGAAAUAGCUAAAGUUCAAAGAGAAGAAGCUUGUAAACUUCUUAGAAGACAAUAUCUUAGGGAACGGGAUCCAAGCUUGAGGAACCUUAUCAAGAAUUUACAAGCUGGCUAUGUUUGUAGAGAUUUACAACAACAGAUUUUGCACAACCAGUAUAAAAAGUUACAGGAAAAGGCGGAGGAGAACCAAGCUAAUCAAUUCUUAUACAAUUCUUUACAUAACGACAAAGAAGCUAAGGAGUUAGAGGAAAGAGCAAAAAUGGAAAAGAAUAGGAAAUACUGUCUGGAACUGCAACAACAGUUAGUGAACAGGCAGAGUCAGAGGCAGUGUGAAUAUGAAGAGAUGUUGAUAGAGAAGAAGAUGCUGGAAGACAUCAUGAGGACCCUCGCCGACGAAGACCAGAGGGAAUUAAAACAAAAGCACGAGCAAAUGUUGAAGAUGCGCAACGAAAUGGUGACAUUCAAACAGGCGAGGGACGCCUGGAAAGACAAGCAGAAGAAGAUGGUUGUGUUAGAAGAAAGAGAGAUAGAGAAUCAACGGAGAGCUGCCUCUGACAGGAGUGCUGACCUAAUAGCAAAAAGAGAACAAAAAGUAAGGGAAAAAGAGGAAUUAAAUAAGAAAAUAUCUGAUAAAAUUCUAGCAGAUGAGGCAGCGCGACUCGAGAGAGAGGAUUUAAUCAAACUGCUCCAAGAACAAGAGUAUUUGGAGAAGAAUGUACAAGAUGAUAAAGAAGAGAAGGAGAAGUUGGAGAGAGUGAAGAAGGAGACGAAGACGGCGCUGAUGACGCAGAUGGCGGAGAAGAAAAGAGAACAGAAGAUGAUUAGAGAUAGAGAGAGAGAUUUUAGACUGAGUAUUGAAAAGAAAAUGGCAGCCGAGGACGCAAAGGCAGCGGAAAAGGAACGGAAGGAGAAAGAGAAGAGAGAAAGAUAUCAAAGGGAACUAAAACAACAAAUAAAAGAAAAUGAGUUAAGGAGAGAGAAGGAGAGACAGUUGGAAGAAAGUAGAGUUAAGAAAGUGUUUGACUGUGAUAAGGCGUGGCGUGAAGAAGUAUCUCAGGAGAAGCAGAAGAUCCUUGCAAGUCACGCGGCGAACGUGGUCGGGUAUGUCAGACCCGGGGUGCUGGACGGAACUCAACAGUCUGGCCCUGAUGCGAGGAGGUCCAAGUGUAACGCACAGUGUAGGGUGCUGAGGGAGUACUGAUUAAAGCUGGAGGGGGGGAGUAGAGGCGGGAGGAGGGGCGGGUUUGGGACGUUGGAGGAAAAGAAGUGAGGAUUUCCAGUUUAUGGAAUUUGGAAUAAAGACUGGUUUAUUAUAAUUGACUCGAUUUUAAAAUGACGUUAACUCGAUGAUUCAUACUAUUGAGUGUAUCUUUGUGUCUGUAUGUGGUCAUGUGUUUGCCAAAUUCAUACUUUUUGUAAUAUAAUGUUUGUUCUCAAUACCUUUAGUAUAGAAUUUUAGCGUUUCGGUAUGAUUUGUGAGAAAAAUCGUUGUUUGAUGAAUUAAUGUGUUGCCUAAAUUAUUUUUCUAUAACAAAUUAAAAUUUAAUGUUGACGGUACAGUAUAUAUUUUUGUAUCAAAUUUAAAUUCAAAAUAAAUAUUUAUUUAACUCAAAGUA